AUGGUGAUUGGCAACAUUUACGUUAUCGCCGCCGUCUCCGUCGUCGGCGGCGGCCUCUUCGGCUUCGACAUCUCGUCGCUGUCGGCCCAGCUCGGCGAGCAGUCUUACAAAUGCUACUUCAACCAGGGCCCCGACGGCCCCCCCUUCAACGACAAGCCGUACUGCAGCGGGCCGACCUCGAGCAAGCAGGGCGGCAUUACCUCCUCCAUGGCCGCCGGCUCCUGGCUCGGCGCCCUCAUCUCCGGUCCCGUCUCUGACCGCAUGGGUCGCAAGUACUCCAUCAUGCUCGGCUGCAUUGUCUGGAUGAUCGGCUCCGCCAUCAUUUGCGCUUCUCAAAACAUUGGCAUGCUCGUCGUCGGUCGCAUCAUCAACGGUAUCAGCGUCGGUAUCGAGUCCGCCCAGGUCCCCGUCUACAUCGCCGAGAUCUCGCCCCCCUCCAAGCGUGGCCGCCUCAUCGGCAUGCAGCAAUGGGCCAUCACCUGGGGCAUUCUCAUCAUGUACUACAUCUCGUACGGCUGCUCCCACAUCGGCAAGCAGAACGCCCAGGAGUACUCGACCUCGUCCUUCAGGAUCCCUUGGGGCUUGCAGAUGAUCCCCGCCGUCUUCCUCUUCUUCAUGAUGAUGCUGCUGCCCGAGUCGCCUCGCUGGCUCGCCCGCAAGGAUCGCUGGGAGGAUUGCCGCGACGUCCUGACGCUGGUUCACGGCAAGGGCGACCCCAACCACCCCUUCGUCGCUUUUGAGCUCCAGGACAUCAAGGACAUGUGCGAGUUUGAGCGCCGCCACUCCGACGUCACCUACCUCGACCUCUUCAAGAAGUCGAUGCUGAACCGCACCUUCAUCGGCCUCUUCACCCAGAUCUGGUCCCAGCUGACGGGCAUGAACGUCAUGAUGUACUACAUCGCCAACAUCUUCUCCAUGGCCGGCUACAGCGGCAACGCGGGCCUCCUCUCCUCGUCCAUCACCUACGUCGUCAACGUCCUCAUGACCAUCCCCGCCCUGCUCUGGGUCGACCGCUGGGGCCGUCGCCCGACCCUCAUGAUCGGCUCCAUCUUCAUGACCAUCUGGAUGUUCGCGGCCGCCGGCAUCCUCGCUAAGUACGGUGUCAUCGUCCCCGGCGGCAUCGACGGUGUGGCCGCGCAGUCGAUGAAGCUCUCGGGCGCGCCCGCCAAGGCCCUCAUCGCCGUCACCUACCUCUUCGUGGCGUCCUUUGCUCCCACAUGGGGCCCCGUCUCUUGGACGUACCCGCCGGAGCUGUACCCCCUGCGUCUCCGCGGCAAGGGCUGCGCGCUCGCCACCUCGGCCAACUGGGCCUUCAACACGGCACUCGGCGAGUUUGUGCCCCCGGCCUUUGCCAACAUCAAGUGGAGGACCUACCUCAUCUUUGGCAUCUUCAACGUCGCCGCCCUCUUCCACGUCUACUUCGUCUUCCCCGAGACGGCCGGCAAGACGCUCGAGGAGACGGAAGCCAUGUUCGAGGACCCCAACGGCAUCAAGUACCUGGGCACCCCUGCCUGGAAGACAGGUGUCGUGACCGCGUCGACGUCGCGCGUCGAGCGCGGCGACCUCGAGGGCGCCAAGAAGGCCGUCGACAGGAUGGAGGGGCACGAGGAGGAGAAGCCCGCGGCGCCGGCCGCCGCCUAG